AUGCACUGUUUGUUUACCGAUGGGUGUGGCGCUCCCACAGCCGCGAAGCCGCACCAUGAAGAAGUCACACCAGUGGCGGUUCUUCGUGAUGAAAGCGAAAUAGCAAGCUCUCCGACAGAGCUGGUUUUCAGUGCAGACCCUGCCCUACCGGUAGCAUUUUUGACAUUCAGCAGGCCGAAUGGAGGUUCUGACGUUCUGGAGUUCACGUCACGGCCCUUAGGUUUCCGCAUCUCCCAGACCUAUCCCUAUACGGUCACGGACGUUGCAGCCGGGCCCGGUAGAUCUGCCCAGCCAGGUUGCAAGCUUCACGCCGUGGGCGUGGACGUCCAAGGCAUCCCUGGAGAAAUCUCCCCGUACUCCAGCACGUUCGAGAAGAUCGUGAAGCCAGUGAAGGCAGAGGACGAAGACUUUGUGGACGACGUUUCGCAGUAUCUCUCAGAGAAGCACUUCGUGCAGGAGCGGCAGAAGUUCCACAUGCGAUCCAAGUACCGCUUGGCCUACUACUUCCUCUCUCGCUUUGUGCGCACGAUCGAGGUCAUGACCGAUGGCAACCUGCACUACCUGCACUUCUGUCUGCCGGUGACCGCCAUGUGGUAUGUGUACGGCGAAGCGAAGCAAAACAUUCUGGACACCGUUCCCUUCAACUCACCUGACAUCAAAGCCCGCUACUUCAUCCGAAUGUGUUUUGUCGAGGGCGCCGGCCAUUGCAAGAGCUUACUCUUCAUGUCUAAGCGUUUGACCCACAAGAACCAUCAGCCCAACCCCUCCUACCUGUUCUCCUACAUACGAAGGGUGUCGAUCUCCACCGCGAGUCCAAGCUGA